UAUUGGACGUACGUGAUCGAUCAAAUCAUUCAGUUUGGGCGGCCGGCCUUAAUUCUCCCAUCUACAAAUUCGGCGCCAAACUGAUAAUUUCAUCCAUCGAUUAUUUCAUCGAUCGAUCGAUCAAUGCCUAUAUAAACCUCGCGUUGCCUCGCCUUUCAGUUCAUCGAUCCAUCCAUCCACAGAUCAGCAGCAGCAAGACAGAGCCUGCUAGCUAGCUAGGGUUCAGCAAUGGCGGGUGCUCCUCGGGGACUAGUUCUCCUCGGCGUUUGCGCCGUCCUGAUGGCGGCCGCCGUUCAUGGCGAGGCGGCGUCGGUCGUCGUCGGCACGGCCAAGUGCGCCGACUGCACCAGGAAGAACAUGAAAGCCGAGGAUGCUUUCAAGAGUCUCCAGGUGGCGAUCAAGUGCAAGAACAGCAAUGGCGAGUACGAGAGCAAGGCCGCCGGCAAGCUCGACGGCACCGGCGCAUUCAGCGUCCCCCUCGACGCUGACCUCCACAGCUCCGACUGCGUCGCCCAGCUCCACAGCGCCGCCAACGAGCCAUGCCCCGGCCAGGAGCCGUCCAAGAUCAUUCCCCAGUCUGAGGGCACCUUCGUCGCCGUCGCCGGCAAGACCCACUACCCAUCAGCAUUAUGCGCGUCGGCGACCAUCUGCGGCCCGAUCAAGAAGAAGAUCAUCGACCACUUCCACAAGAAGCCCGUGCCACCGAAGCCCGAGCCCAAGCCGGAGCCGCCCAAGCCGAAGCCCGAGCCGGAGCACCCCUUCCUCGACCACUUCCACAAGAAGGAGAAGCACUUCUUCGACCACUUCCACAAGAAGCCGGUGCCACCCAAGCCUGAGCCUAAGCCGGAGCCCAAGCCUGAGCCGAAGCCGCAGCCGGCGCCGGAGUACCACAACCCCACCCCUCCGGCGAACUAGGCAACGACGAACAUGAUGAUGAUUUGCUGCCCGGCCUGUCAGUUUGUCUGCAUAAUAAUGUGUUUGAGAUUCAGGUGAAACAUUAGCUUUUUCAUCCAGAGGAGUUUCAGUUUGUACUUGUAUCUAUUUAUAUGGUAUCAGCAGGGAUGAGGGAUAUGUUUGUAAUAUUAGAUGUGCAUUCUUUUGCUUUCUACCAAAUGAAUGAAGUUACAUACUACCUCCGUUACAUAUUA